AUGAACAAGCUUUUAAAAGCAAGUACUCGUGCAGCCAUUGUGGCUCCACGUUUUAUGGCCACAAGUAGUCAAGCACCAGAAGUCGGAGAUCGGAUCGGCCUUAAACCAACUGGUGAUCCGCACAAGUCAUUCUAUCAUCAGGACUUGGUGGUAACCCCAGCGACUGGAAGUGAGCUACGCCCAAAACCAGGUCCAAAUGAUGUGCUGAAGUUUGGUCAUCAUUAUGCCGAUCAUAUGUCCUUUGCCGACUGGUCUGAACGAGACGGCUGGACUCAUCCUCAGAUCACACCUUUGAGGAAUCUCAGUAUUCAUCCAGGUUCAAAGGUUCUGCAUUAUGCUACCGAAUUGUUCGAGGGUAUGAAAGCAUACAGAGGAGUGGAUAACAAGAUUCGGCUGUUCCGUCCAGAUAAAAAUAUGGCACGCAUGCGACGAACAGCUCAUCGAGCGGCGCUUCCUGAUUUCGAUACUGAAGAGCUGAUCAAAAUCAUUUGCGAUCAGAUCUCCCUUGAUCGGGAAUGGGUUCCAUACUCAUCAACGUCUUCGCUGUAUAUUCGACCUACGCUCAUUGGCACCGAUCCUACUCUGGGGGUCGGUUUCCCGCUGGAAGCUAAACUAUUCGUUUUAACGGGACCGGUCGGACAGUAUUACUCGACUGGCUUCCAGCCUGUUCGCCUUCUUGCUGACCCUCAAUAUGUCAGAGCCUUCCCAGGAGGCGUGGGAGCCUACAAGAUGGGAUGCAACUACGCCCCGACGAUUUGGGUUGGAAAGGAGGCUGCUGCACGAAAUUGCCAACAAGUUCUUUGGCUCCACGGUGAAAAUGAAGAGGUGACGGAAGUGGGCACAAUGAACAUCUUUGUAUACUGGAAAAACGAUGAAGGAGAGAUUGAAUUAAUCACACCACCACUUGAACGAGGUCUUAUUUUGCCUGGUGUAACCCGUGACUCGUUACUGGAAUUGGCACGAGAAUGGGGAGAGUUCAAGGUUUCCGAAAAGUCAUUUACAAUGCAUGAUGUCAAGAGAGCCCUUGAUGAGGGUCGGUUGUUGGAAAUGUUCGGUGCUGGAACCGCCUGUGUUGUGUCACCCAUCGGACAGAUCCUUUACUUUAACCGUCAGAAGGGUCUCCAUGAAACCUGGGACGUGCCGACGAUGAAGAACACUCCAAAUCUUAUGCAACGGUUUUACGAGACCAUCAUCGAUAUCCAGUAUGGUCGGACUAUGCACCCGACAUGGACGAGAACGAUCUAA